CUCUGAAAGAGGAAACAAACAAGAAUAUUUACAGACACAGAAAUUUUGGGAAAAUAGUUGGAAGUUCAAGAUGGGUAUGGUUAUAGUCAUCUCUCUGCCACUGAUUUUCUUCUGCAUAUUACUUGGUGCUGGAUGUUUCUUCUUUGGAAGAGCUAAAGGCCGCCAAGAUUUCCUCACCAAUCCUCAGGUUUACGGUGUCCCAGCUUCGCCGCCCGGAGCGGCAACCACCUCUUUCCCAUCUCCUCCACGUACAAAGCCCGACAGUUUAUCCAAUGUUUGAUAGUGUCAUCUCAGAUAUUUGCUUGCUCUUUUUGUUUUCAUUGAUUACAUGCGU